UGGCCCCCUCCCGCUUGCUUCUGCCAGCCGCGGUGCUCAAACAGGCGCCGAGAGCCUAACGGAGCGCUACCCAGUCGUCGCGACAGCCUCUUCACCCCUCUCUCUACCCAUGGGUCUACCUAGUGGGUCUCUCGCGUCUCUCCUUCUCCGCUCCCUCUUCCUACUCCAGGCGCAGGUUUUCUGGAUCCGGUGCGCGGCCUCCGAGCCGUGCCAGUCGGGCCACCGGGAAGCUGAAGUGACCUUGGAGGCGGGAGGCGCGGAGUUGAAGCUGGGCCAGGCGCCGGUUAAAGUAUCCUUCAUGGAUUGCCCUGGGCAAGGGCCAGCCCUGCUUAGCACUGAUAACAAUGACAUCAUGCUGCUGAAUGGUGAUACCAUCAAGGAAAGGAAGUCUUUGAAGAUCUUCCCAUCCAAACGCAUCUUAAGAAGACGCAAGAGAGAAUGGGUGGUCCCACCGAUAUCUAUCCCUGAAAAUGGCAAGGGUCCCUUCCCCCAGAAGCUAAAUCAGCUCAAAUCUAAUAAGGACAGAGGCACCAAGAUUUUCUACAGUAUCACAGGGCCUGGGGCAGACAGUCCCCCUGAGGGUGUCUUUACCAUAGAGAAGGAGACAGGCUGGUUGUUGCUGAAUAAGCCAUUGGAUCGGGAGAAGUUUGCCAAAUAUGAGCUCUUUGGCCAUGCUGUGUCAGAAAAUGGUGCCUCAGUGGAGGAUCCCAUGAAUAUCUCCAUCAUUGUGACAGACCAGAAUGACCACAAGCCCAAGUUCACCCAAGAUGUCUUCAAAGGGAGUGUUUUGGAGGGGGUAUUGCCUGGCACUUCUGUGAUGCAGGUGACAGCCACGGAUGAGGAUGAUGCCAUCAACACCUACAAUGGGGUGGUUGCUUACUCCAUCCAUAGCCAAGAGCCAAAGGACCCCCAUGACCUCAUGUUCACUGUGCACCGCAGCACAGGCACCAUCAGCGUAGUCUCCAGUGGCCUAGACCGGGAGAAAGUCCCUGAGUACACACUGACCAUCCAGGCCACAGACAUGAAUGGGGAUGGCUCCACCACUACAGCUGUGGCCGUAGUGGAAAUCCUUGAUGCCAAUGACAAUGCUCCUAUAUUUGACCCUCAGAAGUAUGAAGCCCAUGUGCCUGAGAAUGCAGAGGCCCGUGAAGUGCAGAGGCUGACGGUGACCGACCUGGAUGCCCCCAACUCACCAGCAUGGCAUGCUACCUACCGCAUCGUGGAAGGUGAUGACGGGAACUAUUUCACCAUCACCACUGACCCUGAGAGUAACCAGGGUGUCCUGACAACCCAGAAGGGCUUGGAUUUUGAGGCUCAAAACCAGCACAUCUUGUACGUUGAAGUGACCAAUGAGGCUUCCUUUGUGUUGAAGCUCCCGACCUCCACAGCCACCAUCAUGGUCCAUGUGGAGGAUGUGAAUGAGGCACCCGUGUUUGUCCCACCCUCGAAGGUCAUCGAGGUCCAGGAGGGCAUCCCACUUGGAGAGACCGUCUGUACCUACACUGCACAGGACCCUGACAAGGAAGAUCAGAAGAUCAGUUACCACAUCCUGAGGGACCCAGCAGGGUGGCUGGCAAUGGAUCCAGACAGUGGGCAGGUCACUACUGCAGGCAUUUUAGACCGUGAGGAUGAGCAGUUUGUGAGAAACAAUAUCUACGAGGUCAUGGUAUUGGCCAUGGACAAUGGGAGCCCUCCCACCACUGGCACGGGGACCCUCCUGCUGACACUUACUGACGUCAACGACCAUGGCCCAGUUCCUGAGCCCCGUCAGAUCACCAUCUGCAACCAAAGCCCUGUGCCCCAGUUGCUGAACAUCACGGACAAGGACCUAUCCCCUCACACCUUCCCUUUCCAGGCCCAAGUCACUCACGACUCCGACAUCUACUGGAUGGCCGAGGUCAAUGAAAAAGGAGAUGCAGUGGCCUUGUCCCUGAAGAAGUUCCUGAAGCAGGACACAUAUGAUGUCCACCUUUCUCUGUCCGACCAUGGCAACAAGGAACAGCUGACAGUGAUCAAGGCCACCGUGUGUGACUGCCACGGCCACGUAGAAAUCUGCUCGGGACCCUGGAAGGGGGGCUUCAUCCUCCCCAUCCUGGGGGCUAUCCUGGCUCUGCUUUUCCUCCUCCUGGUGCUCCUCUUGCUGGUGAGGAAGAAGCGGAAGGUCAAGGAGCCUCUUCUGCUCCCAGAAGAUGACACCCGUGACAACGUCUUCUACUAUGGUGAAGAGGGAGGUGGUGAAGAGGACCAGGACUAUGAUAUCACCCAACUCCAUCGGGGUCUGGAGGCCAGACCUGAGGUGGUUCUUCGCAAUGAUGUGGCGCCAACCUUCAUUCCUACUCCCAUGUACCGUCCACGACCUGCCAAUCCAGAUGAAAUCGGCAACUUCAUCAUUGAGAACCUGAAGGCUGCUAACACGGACCCCACGGCCCCGCCCUACGACUCCCUGUUAGUUUUCGACUAUGAGGGCAGCGGCUCUGAUGCCGCCUCACUGAGCUCCCUCACCUCCUCCGCCUCUGACCAGGACCAAGAUUAUGAUUAUCUGAACGAGUGGGGCAGCCGCUUCAAGAAGCUGGCAGACAUGUAUGGUGGCGGCGAGGACGACUAGGACGCCCUGCCGUCAGGGCCAGGAACACGGUGUCAGGCCACAGCAGCAUCUCCGAGAGAUCGCCUUCUCUUCAUCCAAGGACUUUGGAGCUUGUCAGGAAGCAGCCUUAGCAGCUUGGAGGGGAGUGGCCAUGAAUCUGACAGUAGAGGGAGUGGUCUCUAAGCCUUUCAGAAUAGAAGAAUGUGGGCAGUUUGCCUUUAGCAGUGAAAACCUCUCAGCCCAGAUUAGGGUGCCACGGAGGCUGAAUUUCUAGGAUCUCUCACUGGCCAUUGAUGCUCAGCUCUGUGUCCUAACCUGGACUAGCUCUUACAGCCUCAUGAUGACUCUCCCUGGAAUGGACCCUUCUUAGAAAUAGGCCUCACGUUACGUGUUCGUUUGUUUGUUUUUUAAUUCUAUUUUUUAAAAGUUAGAGGCAGGUCCUCAACCAUCCCUUGGGUCCUCCAGAAGCAUAGCCCAGAGCUGCUGGGCUCACUGGCACUCUUGCAUUUCUGAUUUCCAGGCCCUGAGGCCUCCUCUUUGGAUGGAUCACUCCGUUUUUAUACUGAGCGUGUCUAGGUUGUCCUUUAUUUUUUAUUUUCCCUAUUGUGUGUUAUAGAUGAAGGGUGAUGACAAUUGUGUAAAUGUACUAGACAUUUUAUUUUAUUAAAGGAACUUUUC